UCUCUGAUGGCAUUGGCGUCUCUCCAGUGGAUCGUCAGGCUGCUGAUGGUCCUGAUCCUCUUUCAGGGUGUGUGUGUGAUGUUUUACUACACACCCAACACACACUCGUCCAGAGAUGUGAUGACAGAGACGCUUCAGCAGCUGCACUGUGCAAAACUCAGGCAGAAGUUUUCCAUUAUCAAACCGGCCAAAAGUAUAGUUCUCAAGAGCUUCACGCAGGAGCUGUCAGAUUUCAUGAACUGCCCGUACAAAUCAAACAAAACUGAGCGUGAGUUAAACAGAGUCAGGCUGCAGUUUUGUUGUAACGCCAAAGAAACAUUAAUGCUCACCAAAAACAACACAGCCCACAAUCAAACCAUCCCAUAUGAAACAACCACAAAAAAUAAACCAUUCCAAAUGACUGCAGAACUUCACAGUAUGCUGCCCGAGGACAUCCCCUGGUCCGGUCGGCGUCUGGAUCGGUGUGCUGUGGUCGGCAGUGGUGGGAUUUUGAAAAACAGCAGCUGUGGACGUGAGAUUGACAGCGCAGACUUUGUCAUACGGUUUAAUUUGGCAGCGGUUAAUGACAGUGAUGUUGGGAUGAAGGCGGAUUUGGUAACCAUCAACCCCAGUCAGCUUCGAUACAAAAAUCUGGAGAAGAAUCCGGAUCCGUUGUUGGAGCGGGUCAGUGUGUACGGAAACGCCACCCUCAUUAUUCCUGCAUUUGCCUACACGUUUUGCACAACAAACUCAAUCAAAACUCUCAAAGUCCUCCAGCCAAUCAGACCUCAGCAGCCGGUGGUGUUCUUCAGCCCCUCUUACCUGAGGACGCUGGACCGUUUCUGGAAGGGGCGUGGCCUGCAGGAGGUGCGGCUCUCCACGGGGUUUAUGUUAAUCAGCACAGCGCUGGAACUGUGUGAGCACGUGCACGUUUACGGAUUCUGGCCGUUCGGCAGCGACCUGCAGGAGCGUCCGGUUCCGUACCAUUAUUACGACCAGGUGACGCCGAGCCGCCACAUGCACAAGAUGCCGGAAGAGUUUGUGCGACUACUGCAGCUCCACAGCCAGGGGGCGCUGACACUACACCUGCAGCCCUGCUCCUCACCAGGGGCGGAUCUAGAAAAUCACUUAUAGUGUGGCAUGAGGACUGUGAGCAAACAAACAUUUAAUGAUCUAAACUUUUAAGCCUAUUUUAUCUAUACUAUAUCUAUACCAGCUGCGAAUGUUCUGCAUACCAAGCAAUUUGAGAGAAUGAGUUUGUGGACUCACUAAUUUAUUAACACUAUAAAUUACUAUAAAUUCCAUUUUAAGUUUAACAUAAAGCUUUCAUAAAAUGUUGGACCACCAAUAACAAAAUAUAAAUAUAGCUGCAAGCAGCAAUGACGGGUCCAAUCCCUGGUGGCUUCAGGGCAGCUGUGCACAAUGGGUAAUAUACAUUUAAACUGGGUAAAUAUAAAAGAAUUAUGUCAAGAUA